ACCGUUGGUGAUGAUUAAGUCCAAUAACAUUUAUGUGCAAUUCAUGAGGGCAGUGAAAGAUACAGUUAUGGUUUAAUUAAUGUGUUUUACAUAUAAAAAAUGUGUGUUUAUUAAUGUCUGGUGGUUUGUUUGUGUGUUUUUAUAUUCAAACGCAGACAGUCGCGUGCUGCCGCUGGGCACUGAUGAUUUGGGUCGCUUGUUCUGUGCACUACCCCAACAACCCGUGCGGUGAUGGCGAGGAAACCCCGUUGACAAGGCACUGCUUUUUCAUGACGUUUCUCACCCUGCAGCCCAGGAAACAGAGUGUUAAAUGACUGAAUCCAUGCUUCCUGCAGGAAAUCUGUGUCAUGGAUGAUGAGGACGAUCGCCAUCUUCUGGAUAUUUUAGGAGAUGUGGAUGCAUUGAAUGAUUAUCUCCACGGCAGCAACAGCAAGUCUAUCGAGGAGGACGAUGUAACAAAUGCAGCUUAUGGGUCAGAUAGCUCCUUCUUUGCAAGUGACACGACGGGCUCCAACACUGGUCUCAAGGAUGGCUCUUCUUCAAUGGGUGAAUACGGCGAGGAUUCAGCAGGGGCUGGCCUCCAGCUCUCCAGCAGCCUUUCAUUUAUCGAGGAUGAAUUGGGGCCGGAAGCGUCCCCUGGAGGCGUGGAUCUCGGGGGAGAGGACCAGCCCUUCGACAUCCUCCAGAAGUCCCUCAUGGAGGCCGAUAUCACAGAGCAGACGUUGGCUCAGGAGGCCUUACUGGACUCCCAGCCUGCUCCCACUCUAGUGCAGGCUCCUGUGCCCUUCCAGUCCCAGCUGGUCUCUGGGGGUUAUGGAGGGGGAGUGGGCAUGGUAACCACGGCGACAGCUGCAUUCCCUGCUGGCCAGUUCCUCCAAGGGGUGUCCCAGCUGCCAAACGGCUCCGCCCAGCACAUCCAGGUGUUGGGCUCGUUUGGGGCGGGUGGCGGAGUGAUGACCCUGAGCAGCUUGGAGAGGUCUCCUCAGAUUGUGCUGAGGCAGGGGGCUCCUGUAUCUGCAGCAGGGCCCCCAGCGGGGGGGCAGGUGUUUACCCCUACACAAGGGCAGGUGGGCCAAGUGGGUUUACCUUUCAAAAACAUCCCUGUUCAAAACAUCAUCAUCCAGAGAGGCCCGGGAGGGACCCAGACUCUUGUCAGACCUAUCCAGCCUAAACCCCUUCAAGCGGGGGCUCAGACUGUCUACAGCCUGGGUCUCCAGCCCGCUCCCACCACCAUGGCUAACGUAGUUAACGCUAACACUGCUGCUCCUGGACAGUACACAGCCAACGGCUCCAUAGUUGUGCAGCCGCCCCUGGAGCAGCAGCAGGCCCAGACAAACAUACCACCUGGACAGUUCUUGCUGCCCGGCUCUCUGGCGCUCACCCCGGGCAGCACCAUCCACAACGGCCCCGCCGACCCCAACGCAAACGCCCUAAUUACCAGUCAGAAUGCGGUGCAGAUUGUUGCGGGACAGAACUUCGCUGCACCACCAGGAAGUCAGCUAAUUUUGAAUCAGGGAGUGGUCGGUGGGAGUCAGGUUGGAGUGGCUGUGACCCAAACAUGGACAGGAGUUUCCUGUGCGAACUCCGCCGCUGUGCAGACAUCGUGCGCUCCUGGGCGGCUGACUCUGGUCGGCCCGGCAACGACGGGGAUCAGCAAUCAAGGCCAGGUGACGGCGGGUCCUGUUCAGCGCCUUCUAGUGACUCAGUCUCAGAACUGCACUUCUCUGUCACCUUUACCUGGUACUGUGACACAGGAACAAGACUUCAGACAGAACUCUUCAUCACCUGCUCUCAAACAGGUGCAGCUCGGCAGCAUUCAUGCCAUGACAACCAUGAAUCAAGAUUCAACGCUAAACUCUCAGGUCAGUGCUCAGAAGAGACCUGCCCUUCCACCACUUACAAGAGGAGGAAUGAUUUUACAACAGUUGAGGAAGGAUCAUGCUGGAGUUCAGACCCCAGAUCGGCGUCGAUUUGCUACAAUCGAGGAUUCGCUGCAAAGACUCCUCCCUUACCACGUGUUUCAGGGAACUCCACCCAGCCAGGAUGAGUUCUCACAGGUGGAUGAAGAAUUCGAGGCAGUUGCAACUCAGGUGCUACUGAGGACCCAGUCCAUGGUCAACAAAUACAGACGGCUACUCAUGGUGGAGGCCGAGCGUUCCAGUCCAUCAUCAGAGAUGGUGAUGAUCGAUAGGACCUUCAACCAAGAGGAGCGCAGCAACCUGACGCAAGACAAGCGCAUGGUACUCGUGGACCCAGACGCCUUCCUGGAAGAUUUCUGUUGUGGGAUGAAAUCCAAACGUUUCGAGGAUCCCGUCCCCACUCAGUCGUUGUCCAGCUGUAGUUUGACUCAGUCAGACGGAGGCUCUAAAGAGCCGCCAUACAGGACAGACUCCCAACCCGGGUAUGGAGACCCGGGAGGGGGCGGGGCUGCAGCUGCAGGUACAGGUACAGGAACAGGUGCGGUAGAUAAACUCCACCCUCCACAUUUAGACAACAAGAGCGUCCUGGAACUGAAGAGAUCGCAGCAGCACUUUGGGCCCAGCAGCACCAGCAGCAACAACAACAACAGCAGCAGCAGUCACCCCCAAGGUAACCGCUCACCUUUUGCAGCAACACCGGGCGGACAGACGCACUACCAGGUGUCUCCACACCUGAUCCAGCCCCAGUACGCCCCGCAGCUCACAUCACCCCCUCUACCCGACACAGACUCUGCUCUCGAGGCUGCAGUCAACAGCAUCUUGGAAUGUUAAGACUGACGCUCCGAAUCAUCCCUGAUGUUCAGUUUUGAAUUUGUUUAUGUGUGUGGGUCUGUUUUGUUCCGUCAGUCUCCUCGUUGUAAGCCUGUGUGGAGAGGGGUCAACUCUUCUUCCAGGUCUGUUAUCUUUUGUGAUUCCAUCUCCGGCCAUGUAGCAUGUAAUUUGUUCUUUAUGUUUUUGUUUUCUGAGGCACAACGUUGGAGUCAGCGACUCCGCCGAGGUGCCCGAUGGACGCAGGCACUUAAAAAAAAUCACCUAUAAAGAUCCGGGAAUGUGUGCAAUGCAACAGACUCACAGACGGAAGUGUUUUGUUUAUUUGAACCUUAUCUAAAAGUAGCUUGAAGAUAAGAGUGUCCCUCUCUUCACACACACACACACACACACACACACACACACACACACACACACACACACACACACACACACACACACACACUUCAUUUAUAUUUUGUGCCAGUUUAUUAUCCCCACUACCUUUGCUGAAAACAGGGAUGAAGAGGAGGGACUUUGUGCCUAAUUCUAGGUUUUUAUUUUGAAGUGUUUACAUGAAGAAAUCAUCCAGUCACUCAGUUCCACACAUGCUUAGGUACAAUGUGUUCGGUAGGUUUAUGGUUCAGAGGAGUAGAUUUUCCUUUAGAGACACAAAUUGCACUAAACGUACUGUUGCUUAUUUCAGGAACGAUAUGAGUGUGAGGCUCUGGUUGAUUUACAGCGUACGCUAGGCUAAACAGAAUGUGAACAUUUGGAACUGAACCAAAAUCUACCCGCCUGCUUUCAGCUGCCUGCAACAAGGAUAACCUCUUAAUCACACUAGAAACCAGUCAAGCUAGUCACAUUAUCCACAUAUAGUAGUGUUACUGUACUCUUACUGUGCUUGAAUCACAUUUCUUUGGCAUUUUUUGUUUGUACCUUAAAGGUAUGCGAGCCCCGACACAGACACGGACACAAGGACAACUCUCAACCACUUUUUAUCAUUUCACGGUGUGUUUGUGUCCGGGGAGCUGAGCCCUCAGAUUGAGGAGGAUAUGUUACAAUAUGUUUUUUUUAUUUAGAUUUUUAUUUCCUCAUUUUUAGAAAUGACAUUUUUAAAACAAAGACAACUGUUUUUUUUUGUUUGUUGUGACGUGUUCCCCCGAGCAUUGAUUGUAUGUAUAUUUGUCUGCCUUCUGCAUACAGUAUAAUGAUAUAUUGAUCAUAUCUAUCUAUGCUUUACUACCCGUGUGUUAGUCUACACAAACACACACACACACACACACACUGGUGUAUGACUAUGUUUCAUGUAGUUUGGUUGUUUGAUUGCCACACUCUUGACUUUACUCCCAUUGUUCGCUCGUUGUCCCUCCCCGUGAUGUUUUCCUCUCCAGUGUUUCCUUUCAAACAUUUCUUCUUUCAGCAGCGCAACCAAAAUUCAUAACAGGAGGGAGAGUGGUCUUAUCCAGAAUCACUGUCAGAUCUCAAAGCUGCAGUGUUUUCCUCUGAAGCUGACUCGAGCGCCCACUGUGUUUUAUUUUUGUUCUCACUUCGUCUUCAAAGCUAAGAAUUAGUGAAAUCCUGCAGAAGAGGAUGAGGACCAACAAACUGUAACCCUGACUUUUCAAAAUUCCGACUUCUUUCUCAGAAUACUGAGAUUAAAGUCUGAAUUCUGAGAAAAAAAGAGUCAGAACCCUGAAAUAACCUUCAGUUGCCCUGAUCCUCUUCUGUAAAAUCCUGGAUUUUGGCUUUGUACUUUUGUUUUUUUUGGAUUUCACCUUUUUUUAAAAAAAUCUGCACUGAGCAUGAAAGACAGACUUCUGCCAAACCCAACAACAGGACCAAAGCUCAUCAUGUUAAACGCCCUUGGGGUUGAUUCUGGAUACCGUCGCCCUCCCUCCUGUAAACGUGUCUGUGAAAUAUGCUUGCCAAUAGGCUACUGGAGCAGACUGAAGGCCUUCUAUGUGGGUUUUGUGUUUUGAGUGCCAGUGGCCUGUAUCUCUGCCUAUAGACCUCUUAUAUCUACCAAUGCACACUGAGAAAACUUUCUGCUUUGAAUGCAAAUCUCUGGCGACAUGUACGGUCCACGUGAGAUUUGUUAGCAGUUGCUGCAAGACUUUGUGCCUCUAUAGCACUUAAUCCAAGUUUAAGACUCGCACAAAGUAGGGACGUGUCCAGUGUUUUGGUGAAACGUUGUGUUAUCUUGAUGCAUAUCAGUGUCCGAGGGCCUGGUAGGAACAUACUGUGCUUUUUUCUCCCCUGUUUUCAAAGUGCAGAGAUGUGUUUUUUGUUUUUUUUCUGCCUCCAUUUUCACUGUUAUUUUGUCUCACUUGAUUUGUAUAGUUUGUCGUUUUGUAUAAAAAUGAAAAGUGAAACACAAAAUAUUUAUAAUUUUUGUAUGGAGAAAAAAAAGAAGAAUGUAAAACACACACACAUGAAAAAAAAAUGA